CAAGGUAUGAGAUAGAGGAACCAAAAUACACACGAGCUCACUGUACAGUAAACUUUCUUUGCAUUCGCUGCUUUCGACAUGGAACCACCUCUGUCUCCCCGUGAGUCUGGACAGUUCAUAGCAGAGCGAAGUCAGGAUGUGUUUGUGGAAGAGGAGGGAGUGCAGAAGGUGGCAGAGAUGCUCUAUGGCCUCCGACACAGUGACGAGCUCACGGCCUGUGGCUGGAAGAAAGCAAAUCCACUGGCUCCAGCACCCACCUCUGAUCAGGCCUUGAACUGGGUCUUUGUGGUGGACACCAUGAACUUCUCUUUUUGGCCAGAAAAGGAAACUGAGCAGUGUGAGGUGACCUUUAAAGGGACCACGUACACGGGCUACAUGACCCUUUGUGCUGCCAUCACCAGGGCCAUGGAGGAAGGUAUUCCCAUCACUGAUCCAAAGUACUUCUCUAAGAUGAGUGUGGAGGAGUUGGGACACGUCCUACGAUCAGACAAUGAAACAGCCAUGCCCAUACUUCAGGAGCGUCACCAGGUGCUAACAGAAGGGGGACGUGUACUUCUGGAAAAUGGAGGAAGCUUUCGGAGUUUUAUCAGCAAAGCUGGGAAUGACGCCGGGAAGAUGGUGGAGCUCAUUGUUGAGAAGAUCCCAUCCUACAGGGAUGAGGCUACAUACAAGGGGAGAAGAAUCUCACUCUACAAGCGAGCUCAGAUCCUGGUGGCAGAUUUCUGGGGCGUCAUGGCAGCCAGAGGAGAAGAAGACAUCAUCAACAUGGAUGUGCUCACCAUGUUUGCAGACUACCGGGUCCCACAGGCUCUCGUGUACCUCGGAGCACUACGAUACUCUGAUACACUAACGCUGGCACUCAAGAACGGAGAGAUUCUGAGUUCAGGAGACAGAAGAGAAGUCGAGAUUCGAGGUUGUUCGAUCUGGUCUGUGGAGUUGAUCAAAGAGCGUCUUUGUAAGCUGGUGCAGCAGAGAGACGGACAGACAUGCAGUGUCAAUUCGGCUAUCAUCGACUUCUACCUGUGGCCUUAUGCCAAACAGCACCACAAAGAGAUGGCCCACAUUCCCAUACACCACACACGCUGUAUUUACUACUGACAAGCCGGCUGGCAGCGUUACAAACAGUAGGUGGCACUCUACAGUGUGCAGCCUUGGCACCAGUGCCUCUCCCUGGGAUACAACCAGGCCUGACUCUGUGCCAGAUUUACGAUUAAGUAGGCUGCUCUUCAGCUAAAAUUGAAAAAGGUGUCAGACUUUAAUAUGGCUGAUCUGUGAAAAUGCCGCUUGACUGGCCUUUUGAAAUCAAUUAAAACAUUUCCUGGUUCCGUGAAAUAUCUCUAUCAAAUGCUCUUUAACAUGAAAGGGCGGGGCACCAGUGAACAUUACUGUAUACAAAAAUACAAUAGGUAUAUUUUUAUCUGCUAUAAUUUAAAAUAUGCACUGACUCUCACUAGUAGUGAAAAUAAAAGUUUUUUUUUAAAUCAGA